AUGAAUGAUGAGUUGUAUCUUAAUUUGGUCGAUUUCCAGUUAAUUUUAUCUGGCACACUUGAUGAUAAGCUCUUAAUUGAUGUGCUUGGCCAAGUUUUGGAUUGUGGUGAUGUCGAAACCAUUCAGUGUUCUGGGGGUAACCAGCGUAAAAAACUGGAAUUCAUCCUAAGAGACAUCAAUGAUUCAAGAAUACCAUGCUGCAUUUGGGGAAACUUAACCGAUAUUCUCCAUUCUGCCUGCAACCAAGACGAUGGAAUGGUUACAUUGCUUUUGAGGUUUGCUAAACUUGGAAAGUUUAGAGGAGAACUACAAAUCUCUAAUUCCUUUGAUGCCUCUCGAAUGAUCAUUAACCCGGCAAUACCAGAGGCUGAAGCAUUUAAAGAUAUCGACAAUGGGGAUGACACAACUCUAAUUACAUUUGAAAGUAAUGAGGAGAGUCAAGAGGACAACAACAAGCAAGUAAAUCAUCCAGGCAAGCGAGGACAGCGUGAUAAGUGGUUGAUAUUCCCCACUAAGACCAUCCAAGAAAUGGUAGCGUCAACUCAAGUUGAUAAAUGUUUAGUCACUUGCAUAGUCUAUGCAAUUGAUAUGGAUUGGUCCUGGUAUUACUUUGGUUGUGAUGCAUGCCAAAAAAGGGUGAUCAAAACCGGAACCAACAUUAAGAUAGUAAAAGGAACUGAAAUAACCACUCAUAUUUGGUGGUGUGAGACAUGCAACGACACUGUGUUCAAAGUUUCACCAAGGUUUUGGCUUCACUGUGUUCUGGCGAUGGUAACCAUAUAUUAUCCUAAAUGA